AUGAAAUGGGUGCUGCACCCCUUGUUGGUUGGCCUGAUAAGUGUGCCCCUCGCAGAAGCGUUCAAGGGAGGAAGCCCUCCGUCCUUAUCCAGCCUGUGUGGCAACUUGUGCCCAAUUCACGGCCACCCCACAUCGUUGUCACCAUUUCGCCGAAAGGAAGGAGCAAACGUAUGGAGUAGCGCAAGUCCAAAGAGGAAAUACAAACAUUAUUACCAUGCGUAUGUAAAUGGGGGCGAGGAGCACAAGCCUUGGGGGCACACCACUACACGAGCGAGGGUUACAAAAAAAACAUUGGCAGCUUUGCAACAAAAGGGGGACACGGAGAACAGCGCCAAGUGUAGCACCACGCCGGGGAAUUCCUCCAUCGGGGAGAACAAUCUUGCCAAUGUGCCGAAUCGUGAUGGCGAAAAUGGUGAAGAAGGACAAGAGGAGGAGGUCUACUUCGUUAGCACCCCGGUGUACUACGCAAAUGACAAGCCACACAUUGGACAUGCCUACUGUAACGUUUUGAGUGACAUAAUAUGUCGCUUCGCCAAAUGGGAAUGCGCAGAGGGAAGAAGACGUGCAAGGGUUAUUCUGUUUUCAGGAAUGGACGAGCAUGGAUUAAAAAUUGAAAGAAAAUCUGAGAUGCUAAAAAUUUCCACCUCCGAACAUGUGAACAAUAUGAAUAGCUAUUACAAAAUGAUGAACCAAAAAUUACAUGUACAUGUUAAUAUAUUUUAUAGGACAACUAGCCAAUUUCAUAAAAGCUUUGUGCAACAGGUUUGGAAAUAUUUAGCCGAGAAUGGCUACAUAUACAAAGGAACUUAUAAAGGGUACUAUGAUAUAAAUGAAGAAAAAUAUCUAAACGAAUUUGAAUUAAAACAGAAGAAAAAAAACGACCCCAAUGUUGUGUACAUUGAGGAAGACAAUAGCUACUUUUUUAACAUUUUAAAAUUUAAAAAUUUUUUAACUGAUUUUUAUCAACGUAAUGAAGAGGUCAUUUACCCAUCCUAUCUACAGAAGGAGAUGCUCCAUUUUGUCAAUCACGAACUGAAGGAUGUGUGCAUAAGUAGGUACAACACACAGUGGGGAAUAAAAAUUCCUGGCGAAGAAAAAGGGACCAUCUACGUCUGGUUCGAUGCUCUCCUGUCGUACGUAUCCUCAGUGCUGUACAUGGUGAAGAGGACGCAGCUGCGUAGGGGAAAUGACUCCCGUGUUAUUAAUUCUUCACUGGGUAUUGACUCAUCUCACGGGGCACAAUCGAAUAUGUCUCCACAAUCUGCUCCCUCGAACGGAGUGGAGAUGGAUGAAGUGGACAGCGGCGAACUUGUUUGCUCCUAUGAAGAUGUCCUAAGCCUAGUCGGUUUGGAGAAUUCCCGCCACAAGGAGAAGGCGCUCCCAUCUGAUGUCAUCCCCCCACAUGGCGACACCCUUUCUAGCCUCUUCCAAAAAGCAUGGAACCCCCAAGUACAGGUAAUAGGAAAGGAUAUCCUGAAAUUCCACGGCGUUCUUUACAUAUGCCUGUUGAAAAGUCUUAAUUUAAAAUUGCCCAAAAAAAUAAUAUGCCAUGGAUUGAUAAAAAGCGAAAAUGUGAAAAUGUCCAAAUCGAUAGGCAAUGUGAUAAGCCCAUUUGAUGUAGUGCAAAAAUAUGACCCAGAUAUUAUUAGACUGUAUUUUUUUGGCUGUGCUAAUAUUUAUGAAGAUAAAAAUUUUAAGGAAGCACAUCUUGAGUCGUUCCAACUGUUUGUGAGAAAUAAUAUGGGAAAUUUAUUGUACCGAGUUGUGUCCCUUUGUAAGGAUAAUAAUUAUAUGCAUAUUGUACAAGAUGGCCAACCCGAUUUUUUAGAGUCCCCCAUUUUGAGGCAAUGUUCAGAAAUGAAAGACAAGUUACUAACCCUAAUUCAUAAUAGGGAGUUUGCGCUCUUUUUGGAGAACCUAAUGACGCUGAUAAAACAGGUGAACAAAUUCUUCGUCCAUGAGGCGCCUUGGAAGUGCACAGACGAUUCUGUCCGCUUUAAUCGAAUAAUUUAUGAGACCCUAGAGGGCAUCAAAUUUGUUUCCGUUUUUUUGUAUCCCAUUAUGCCGCAAAUCUGUUCGUCCAUUUUGCGCAACAUCGGCUUGGACGUCUCAUCUGUGGGCGGCGCUGCGCUGGGGAUGUUGGCGGAGCCAACGCGCGAGUUCGCCCUGCGUGAUUUGAUUAAGAUUGUGUGA